AUGAACAAACGACCUAUGAGAGAGUACAUAAAAAAACCUUCACGUUAUGAAACAACUGCAUCUUCUGACGAUGAAGAAGCAAUUAGACAUCAAAAGAAAACAGAAAAAAUAUCUAUUAUUGAUGAUAUUAACGAUAUUCGAGAUCAUAUAUCAGAAUAUGACACUCAAAAAUUGCAUGAAAAGGAAUCAAAUAAUAGCAACUCUGAAGUUAUUCAAGCAACAUCUGUAACAUUGUGUCCAACUGUUACAACUCAUUUAUCUUAUACGGAUUCUACAAUACCUCUGACAUCAUCAGUAAUAAUGCCAUCAUUAAAUAAUUGCGCACCUACAUCUUCAUCAAUGCUAUUGCUGUCUAAUUCUCCAACACAACAAUUUGCUCAAUCAACAAUAUUUCAACAUGAACCAGUAUGUGAUGCACGUCCACAUUUUCUGCAAUCGUUCCCACUUCAAUCUGAAUCAAAUUCUUCAGUAUUACCAACAAAUCAGUGUUUAGUAUCAUUAAGAAAUCAAAAUUUAAAUGAAACCUAUGUAACUUCCACAUUGACGAAUGCAGCGUCAACCUCAACAUUUCAGUUUUCAUCUCCUGUUUAUACUUCUUCGAUGUCUCAAUUACCAGAAACAUCAGUAAUCACAUCUUCAUCUUCUAUUAUUUCUGCAAUUGGUAGGACAUCUCAACAUUCUUUAAGAAAUGAACGCUCAUCUUCAAAUUUACAACCAUUAUCUGAUUUUCCAUCAUCAUCAUCAUCAUUAACACGUAAAUCCCAGCCAUCAUUAACUUUGCUAUCAGCUCCAGCAACUCAUCACAAUAUGAAUUUUAAUGCAUAUUCUAACAAUACAUAUACGUCUAAUCCUAAUCUUAAUCAGAAUAUGAUUCCUCCUCAUGGAAAUACUGAUUUGAUAAAUGUUAUAAAAACACAAGUAACGGAAUGCAUGAAUAAUGCCAUGACAGAAAUUAGGAUGAUAAAUCAACGUUCGAAUCAAAGAGUAAAUAAAAGACCUAUAAAACCAAAAGUAAUUCCAUUCGAAACGAUUGAAGAAGUGUUGGAAUUCAAUCAGUCAAAUGAUGCAAAAUAUAUACAAAUGGUACAGUAUCUUGCAUCCAUUGGAGGAAGAAAUAUAAGAGACGUAAUAUAUUUGGCAUUUAAAGAAAUUUUUACUCCAAAUUCAGCCUCAUUGUUUACAUGGACGGGCAAGGACAACAAUAACCGUUCUACAAAGGAAAAAUUAUCAGAUUUACGAGUUAUAGAUGCUUUACAUGAUGCUGCUUCUACACAUUUUGAAUUAACACUUUCAGAAUUUAAAUUUUAUGUAUCAGAAGCCUUACGAUCAGCCAAACAAAGGCAUCGACAUCAGCAGCGUAUGAAUACAAGAGAACAACACAAUAUAAUCUGAAAUCUUAUUGAAACUUUCCAUUUAAAUUUAACUUUUUGUAUUUCAAUAUUUCAUCUAAGAACUAAUAUCAAAUUUUUUUAUUAUUACAUUAAUUAAAGAAUAAAAAUACAUAUUAUACUUUUUUGUAUUACAAAUUAUUAUCUAAGAACUACGUAUAUAUCAAAUUUUAUUGGAUUAAUUAAAGAAUAAAAAUGCAUACUAUA